ACUGUUGCACUGGUGCAAACAAAAGAACAGACCAACUGUUUUGAUUGGUGCAUUUCUAUUUAUUUUCAAAAAUGCACAAAUUAAAACAAAGUAUUUUCAUACAAGCAAUCCAACACGAAAACAAGCAUUAUGUGCUGCUGGUUUAAGGUACAUGUUUUUGUUGUGUUUUUAUUUUUUAUUUUAUUUUAAUUCAUUAUCAAAGUUACAUUACAACGUAUGUAUGAGUGUGUAAUAAAAGAUCUGUUCUUUUUAACUAAACUAUCUGAGCUGAUGCGUACUAGCCGCGUCGUUGUGAACCAUCACACUUAAUAUCAAUACAUAUCGAUAUAUGACAUAUCGAUCUGUAUAGUACUUAUCGAUGUGCAUCAAUACACAUCGAUAUAUAGCGAUACGAUAGUAUCGUGUGCGCGUUCGAAUUGGCGGUACGUCCGAACGAAGCGACGUCCGAGGGAUGGCGUUGGACGGCAAGUCGCUGGAGCCAUUUAUUGAGAGAGAGAGAGGAGGACGUCCGGUUUGAGGUUAGGUUGGCUUGUUCGCUACGGUCGGUAUUUACGUGUGUAUAAUUGCAGAAAUGAAUGACACAGAGGAAGAUGCGACGGAGAAUGUUGAUCAAGCGAAGGAGGAAGAGUCAUGGAAGGAGACAGUCAAUGGCGUCACUCGCAAGGAAGAUUUAACUUCGCUUUUCGAGCUGAGUGAUCACAGCGUCAAUAAGGUCUAUUUUUCGGCGGUACCGCAGGUGUGCAAGGACGAGCCAUGUCAACUGGGGGUGGACGAAGCAGGUCGUGGUCCAGUCUUGGGCCCGAUGGUCUAUGGCAUCUCGUACGCGCCAUUAUCGCGCAAACAACUGCUCGUGGAGCUCGGCUGCGCCGACUCCAAGAGCCUGACGGAGAAGAAACGAGACGAGAUAUUCGACGACAUAUGCGAGCAUAGGGACUGCAUGGGUUGGGCGAUUGAGGCGAUCUCGCCGAACGUGAUCGCCAACGGUAUGUAUCGUCGCACCAAAGUUUCCCUGAACGAGACAUCGAUGAUAUCGGCCAUCGAGCUGACCAAGGCGGCGAUCGAGGCUGGCGUGAAUGUCGCCGAGAUCUACGUAGACACCGUCGGCAAACCGGAGACCUAUCAGGCGCGACUGAAGGCCGUGUUCCCCGGCGUGAAGAUCGUCGUUGCCAAGAAGGCUGACGCGACGUACCCGAUCGUUAGCGCGGCCAGUAUUUGCGCCAAGGUAUCGCGAGACCACGCGAUCCGCGCGUGGCGCUUCCGCGAGGAUGACGUCGCCUUCGGGAUGGAGUACGGCAGCGGCUAUCCCAAUGAUCCGGUUACGAAGAACUGGCUGUCGGCGAACGUGGACGCGGUGUUCGGCUUUCCGCGGCUAGUACGUUUCAGCUGGUCCACCGCCGAACAAGUCCUGCAGUCGAAGGCGCUCGCCGUCGACUGGGAGGAGACCGAGGAGACGGGGUUGCCGAACGAACAAAAGAUUCUCCAUUUCUUUGCCAAGUCUCCGUCCAAGACACUUUCCGGCGCUCACACGAAGAAACACCGCUUCUUCGUGGACCGUUGUCUGUCCAACGCGACCGUUCUGUGAUACUUACCUUAUAUCGAGUCUGCUUGUAUUCUUUAUAUUUCUCAAAGUGAAAUUUUACUCAGAAAGUAACAUGACAAUCGAAUCAUUGGAAUUAUCUUUCAUUUGUGCAGAUUGAAUUCUCCAUUUUGAAUCAUUCAGUAAGCACUUUUACUCGAAAUUGAGGAGUAAAUUUAAUGUAUUCCAUCGUCAUAGGAAUACUCCAAUUUAUUAAAAAACAUUUUACUUGCAUCAAGUAAAAAUCCACUCUAAGUUUGAACGAAACAUUUGCAAUUGACCAUAGUUAUAUAAGAAUGAUUCAACCUACAAAUUUAUCUUCUUCUUAUUUUUUGGCUUGGAAAUUCCCUUUGGCCAGCCAUACAAAUCUACAAAUUUAUUAAUUUUUUAGUUUUUAUUACUAGUGAAUAGCCCAUAUUUAUUUUUUCACAUAAAACAAAACAUUUACAAGCUUUAUGAGAACCUAAAAUUAAUUAAGAAAGUUUUUCUUUUCAAUUAAUUGCGUCUUUUAUAUCCAUUUUUGAUUAAGGGUUAAGUUUAUCAAUGAAUAGAAAAAAAAAAAUUAAAGAAAAGAAAAAUUAAUCAUGUUUGAUUUCUUGGACGGUUGUGAAAAAUCUCUGUACUAUUUAUAUUUUUAAAUCAUUUAUAAAUCUUGUAUCAAUCAUUUUCAUAAUUUUUUUCGAAAAACGUGCUUUAUAUGAUUGGAUUAUUCUUGCAUAACUACAAUCAAUUUUAAAUGAGGUAAUAUUUUUAUUGUAGUUUCAAGUGAAUUUUUACUCGUUCUGAGUGAGAUUUUGCUCUUCAAGAAAUUUAGAAUAUUAUUAUAGAAAUUUAGAAUUUUGUAUUAUUAGAUUCUUGAGAAUCCACCGAAAGCAUUAUCAUUAUCAUUAAACAUAUCUUUAAAAGUUUUUAAUAAAUUUCUUUAAAUAUC